AUGAUUUUCACCACUUCUUUUCUUCCACCAGCAUUAAAAAAUCACUCCUCCCACCAACCACCAAAAAACCCACCCAACCCAUUGAAUCAAUCUGCUCUGCUGAAGAAGGGGAAGAUUGAUGAGAUCGAUCAGCAUUUCUCCAGUUUUCACAGCUAUAAGUCCCCCCAGUACUGCACGGAGACGUGGUACCAGGUGAGCGUGGACACGGGUCCGGCUGUGACGCCCAGCAGCAUCCAGUCUGAUGGUAUACAGGAGGAUGUGCUGAUCACGCCAAUCAUACCGAUUGUGCCGAUCGGGCCAAUCACGCAGUACGUCACCUGCCCCAAUGGACAACAGUCUGUUCAGACCAGCUGCACUCCUAUGCCUUACUGCCGUGGCCCCGCCCCCUUCUGUGAGGAAGACACACCCCCUCCAGUCCCUGGCCCCGCCCACCCGGAGCUCAUGUCUGUCCCUGGCAUGGACUACAACAUGAUUCUAAACCACGCCCCCUACUUUGAGGAAGACACGCCCCCUCCAGACCCUGGCCCUGCCCACCCGGAGCUCGUGUCUGUCCCAGGCAUGGACUACAGCAUGAUUCUAAGUCCCACCCCCGCGCCGCCACCCACUCAGGACUUCUAUGUGUGUGUGAACAGCAUGACACCCGCCGGCGCUCUGCAUCUGGUGCCCUGCCUGAAGCUCGAUGAGGGAACGGACAACGAAGUGGACAAGAGCCACCAGCUGGCAGUGCUGCUGGAGAAGCAGAUGGAGACGCUGUUGAGCACGAUCGAGUCAGACCCAAGCGAUGCUGGCAUGCCUUCACAUUCAUCAGACAGGAGCUGCAGAAGCAUCUAAUAACACACACACACACACAGAAUUACACAUUCCAUGAGUCACACAGUCUGUGCUGAUUUGUCUUGAAUUGUGACUGGUGUUUCAGUUCAAGCUGCAGAACGCCUGAUUCACAGUGCAAGUGUCAGCAGCACAUCAUUCUUCACUGUGCAUGUUAAGAAACGAGGUUGUUCACAUUGAAGCGUGAGCGUUGCAUUAGCAGCAGUGCAGCGAGUGUUUUCUAGUCUAGUUUCACAGCGCUGCUUCUGCUCGAUUAAAGUGACGAUGCACUAAUAUGGACUUAAUUAACAUGAUUUUAAGCGAAUUCAUUGAGUUUAGUUUGCAAAUAUGUGUAGAUUUGAUAUAAGUUAUAGAAAGUCAAGUGAUUUAGCUACCAGUCAGAUAAUUUUUCCUCCUCAUGUAAAUAAUAUUUCACAGGCAAUUAAUGACUAUUUUAGGUAAUACUUAAAUGAUAUAGUCACCAUAAUUACCUACAAAUCAGACAUGCAGUUUAAGCUGGUUAUAAGCUCUUCCUGAGCUUGUGCAUGUCAGUGCUCUGAUUCAGACCAUCACAGUUUUCAUGUCAUUUUCAUUUCAGACCAAACAGCUUCAAAUUUCACAGACUGCACUGUAACACACACGCACACGAAGCACUGAACUCCAGCUUUUAAAAAAGCGAUUGCAGGCCUGCAGCCUCUCACUCAUUUAAUUAAUGCAUUUGUAAAUGUGCCUUUUAUUUGACUGUGUAAUUUGUCUGUGUAAUAUUUAAGAAUGUAAAAUCAGAUGAACCAGGGUUUUAAUCGUGUGAGAUGCAUAAGAUCGUGUUUGCACAGAUUAACCACCUUUGUUCACGAUCAGUGUUGGGCAAGUUACUCUGAAAAUGUAAUCAAAUUACUGAUUACUGAUUACUCCUUUUAAAAGUAAUCACGUUACUGUUCUGAUUACUUUACUUCAAAAGUAAUUGGUAAUCAGUUACAUUACUAGUUACGUUACUUUUUUUCUCCAUGAAAUUUAUGAAAUCCCAGCAUACAUGCUCCCGAUAAAUAUUUGUUAUCAAAACUGUUCACUGUUAUUUUUAACUAAAGCAAGCGGCUGCUGUGUGCAUGGUUUUGCAGAAUGCCAGGAACAGCACAGCAUUUAUAAUCUCUAAAAGACAUCUCAGUUCAUCACAAUCUCACAAAUCUCUGUUAUAACACAAUAAAUAUAUGCAUAAUGAAUAUUUCAUAAUGUCUACAAUUCGUGUGUAAUAAUGAGAGGAUUCGUGAGCACACAAAUUUCAGCACUUCAUUACUAAAAAAAAAAAUCAAAUGACAGUAACGCCUUAGUAAGUAAUGCAUUACUGCCCAACACUGUUCAAGAUACAUGACUCUGUUUUGCACUGCAUUCAUAAAGAGUGCCGUUUAAAACUAUGGAAGAUUAGAAAAACACUUCUUUGUCAAAAAAUGGCGGUUUUAUUUUUAUGUGUUUGUUCUUGGCUAUGUAGAAGUGUCUUAUAACAGUGUCACAGAGAAAGGGAGAUAAUGUUACUGUAACAAGUAUCUGUAUCUGUAUCUCUGUGUGUGUGUGUGUGUAAGUUCUCUUUGUGUGCCUUAUAGAGACUGAAGCACUGUUAUUUGUUCAACACUGUUUCUCAGACUCAUUGUUAGUGUCAGUUCAUGUUUUCCUCUUGAUUUUCCUGAGGGAUUAUUUGUCUUUGAUAUGGAGGGAAUGAGACGAGAGGUGGCAGAUCUAUCUGCAAAGCUUUAUUCAAAGUCAUGAUCAACACAGGCAAGGGUCGGACAAUGGCAGACAGGUAUAUUGAGGGCAAGACAGAAGAGUAGUCUGGUAAACAGGCGUGGAUCGAUCCAAAGGGUAAUCCACAGACAGGCAAUAGUCCAGGCAAGGUACAAACAAAGGCAGAGAAGGCAAUACAAAGGGUAAUCCAAGGCAGGCAGCAAACAGACAGAACGAGGAGACAGGCUAAGAUACAAGGCUCGGGUAAACAGGCUAGAUAAAGGUGAGACAAAGAACAAGACUAGGAACAAGGUAAAACUCAGAAUGGCUCCAUAACAUUGCUAUCACCGACCUAGCGAUACAUGCAAACACUACCCAUCCCUGAACUGUGAUUGGCUGCAGGUGAGGGUGUAAUCAGUGCAAUGGAACAUGGGAAAUGUAGUCCAGGGUGAUGUGUAACAGUCUGUGUAAUGUGAGUCAAUAUAAUAAGAAGACAACCUCUGGUGGUGAGCAGAUGGAAGACCAUGUACAGGAUUCUAAACAUCCAAAUCCGAUCAACACAAAUAAUUCAGGUUAAAAUGUUCAUGUUCUACCUGCAGAUUAAUUAUAGAAACACAUCAGAGAGGUUUAUAGAGUAAUAAAUGUGUCAGCUUUCACAGAAGUGCAGCAUGUUUUCUAACUACACCAUGUUUUUGUGCACAGUGUUUGUUUCUCAUAUAAAUGUUGCGAUCUGUUGGAUAACCAUAUUCCCAUGUGGUCAAAUAAAGAGAAACUAAAAAUGCG